GUACUUUCUGCAUCGACGUCUCCAAUGUUCAACUGUCCUGAACCACCAUCCAUCAACUUCGAUUUCAUCGAACAUCAUAAAUUCACAGUACACAACAGCUAUAUACUAUAUAACCUUCAUAUAUCAUACUUCCAUCGCUAAUCUCUAUACCAUCACUUCUCCAUUUCUCGAACACAACGAUCAGCGUCGGAAAGAAUGUCAUCGACUGUGUUCUCCACCCAGCAAAUUAUACAGAGCAGAUCCUCUCUUUAUUCCCUUCAUGAAGUUUCUAAGCCAGGUCAAAUGGUUUUCUUGACCGCAACAAAGAAACCCACAUCCUCAUGGUCAAGAUUCACUAGUUCAAAUCAUAUUUCAACAACCCAGUUCUCGAAAAGCUUCAACCCUGUUGUUCCCUUAAGGGUUCAAAGUAUCAUCCCAAAGGCAGUGUCUGAGUCAAAUGACACGGUGGCUCCACUUCCUGGACUUCCAAUUGAUUUGAGAGGGAAGAGAGCAUUUAUUGCUGGUAUAGCUGAUGAUAAUGGAUAUGGGUGGGCAAUAGCCAAAUCUCUUGCUGCUGCUGGAGCUGAGAUUCUUGUUGGUACAUGGGUGCCUGCACUAAACAUAUUUGAGAGCAGCCUUCGACGUGGGAAAUUUGAUGAAUCACGCAAGCUGCCAGAUGGAUCACUAAUGGAGAUCACAAAAGUUUAUCCAUUGGAUGCAGUUUAUGACAGUCCAGAGGAUGUUCCUGAAGAUGUCAAAGCAAACAAACGUUAUGCAGGAUCCUCAAAUUGGACUGUAAAGGAAGUUGUCGAAUGUGUUAAGCAAGACUAUGGAAGCAUUGACAUACUUGUCCAUUCACUUGCCAAUGGACCAGAGGUCAGUAAACCUCUACUGGAGACAUCUAGAAAUGGGUAUCUAGCAGCUAUCUCGGCGUCUAGUUAUUCCUUUGUAUCACUACUUAGGCAUUUUCUCCCGAUAAUAAAUCCAGGUGGUUCUACAAUUUCCUUAACAUACAUUGCUUCUGAAAGAAUAAUUCCAGGAUAUGGAGGAGGGAUGAGUUCUGCAAAAGCUGCACUUGAGAGUGACACAAAAGUACUCGCUUUUGAGGCAGGACGAAAGAACAAAAUCCGGGUCAAUACAAUAUCUGCAGGCCCACUAAGAAGUCGUGCUGCCAAAGCUAUUGGUUUCAUUGAAAUGAUGAUUGACUACUCAGUAAAGAAUGCACCCUUUGCAAAAGAACUGUCUGCAGAUGAAGUUGGGAAUGCAGCAGCUUUCCUUGCAUCACCUUUGGCUUCAGCAAUAACUGGCAGUGUUCUUUACGUGGACAAUGGCUUGAACGCUAUGGGAGUUGGAGUCGACAGCCCGGUUUUCACCAAUCUUGAUAUUCCAACUGGUAACUAGAUUACUCACUUCUACACCAAUUCAGACUAAUCGGCUAUUAUGAAGAGAUAAGAGUGACAAUUGAGCAUCGUUUCUUUUUUAGUUAUCUGUCUCGCUUUACAUCUAGGUUCAGUCUCAAAUGGACUAUCAAU